UCGCAGCACCUGUGGGCCUCGCGCAUGGACCUGUGCCACGUCCCCGCCGCCCGAGAGAAGGGCUGGUACCUGGCACUGAUGGCCCCCAACGUCAAGGGUCCCAACUACGCCUGGCUGGACCCCUCCCGGCUCUACUGCCACCCGCAAGGCCUGCAGGACUGCAUGGCUGACCUGCUGCAGCCCUUCCAGGGAGACCCCAUCGACAUGGUGGCUGGUAUCGACGCCAUGGGCUUCAUCCUGGGCGCUGCCGCCGCCACCACGCUGCAGAAAGGCUUCCUGGCUAUCCGCAAAGCCGGGCACCUCUGUGUGCAGACGCUGGAACAGCCCUACACCGACUACUCGGGCCGAGAGAAGGUGAUGGAGGUCCGCACCGAUGCCAUCUCACCAGGUCUGCGCAUCCUCCUCGUGGACCAGUGGGUCGAAACCGGGGGCACCAUGCGAGCAGCCAUCCAGCUGGUGGAGCGGCUGGGGGGGGUUGUGGCAGGCAUCGCCGCCAUCUGCAUCGAGGACAGCGAGGGCGGGCGGUGGAUCCGGGAGCGCUACAAGUGUGCCCACUGCGUCCCCCCGGGCCUGCAGCCCCGCUUUGCCCGCCACCAGUUCAGCUGGGACUGACGGGGGGCUGGCACCCCACAUGUCCCCCCCAUGGGGCGCAGGGCUGCCUGCUCUUCAGGGCAGGGAUGCCCGGGGCAUCCACCACCCGGUUUGGCUUUCACCGUACCCGAGAUGCUCACCCCUCCUCGGCGGCAGACAUCCUCCCCUGCCACCCUCC